CCCACGAUGAAUAGAAGAUGCCAUGCGUUAACAGUGAUUCUACCACAUAGAACGUUAUAGUCAGACAGCAUCGUACGCGUUGGCUCCAUUCUGUUCACUUGAUUCGCGUUCUUCAAUCUUCUUCGUGUCCGUUAUUCACUACGGCUGUCUUAUCCAGUGUAAUAGUCGAACGUGACCAAGUCAAAGAUGAAUGUCGUUACGGCGAUACUUUUGGUGGUUACCUGUUUUAGCUAUGCUAUUGCAAAUAUUGAUUUAGAUGAAGGUGUAUUGGUAAUUAACAAAGACAAUUUUGAAUCGGCGAUCAAGGAUAAUGAAUUUAUUCUUAUCGAAUUCUAUGCACCAUGGUGUGGGCAUUGCAAGGCAUUGGCACCUGAAUACGUAAAGGCAGCCAAACAAUUGGCAGAUUCAGGUUCUGAUAUUAAGUUAGCUAAAGUUGAUGCAACUAUAGAAACUGAAUUAGCAGAGAAACACGGCGUCAGGGGAUAUCCCACUCUUAAGUUUUACCGUAAAGGAAUUUCUAUUGAGUACAAUGGUGGACGUUUAGCAGAUGAUAUCGUAAAUUGGCUUGUUAAGAAAACAGGAUCCGUUGCUAAAGAUUUAUCUUCCAUAAAGAUUGCUAAGGCUUUCAUUGAUGAACAUGAAGUUUCAAUAAUUGGAUUCUUCAAGGAUCUAGAAUCUGAAGCCGCUAAGGUAUUCUUGGAAGUUGCAAAUGCAGUUGAUCAUUACACAUUUGGUAUCUCCAAUGCUGAUGAAGUAUUGAAAGAAUAUGAAGCAGAAGAUGGUAGUAUUAUAUUGUUUAAGAAGUUUGAUGAAGGCAAGACCAAAUUUACAGAAGAACCUACCUUCAAGAAUAUUCAAAACUUCAUCAGUAUAUAUUCAUUACCUUUAAUUGUUGACUUCAACCAAGAUACAGCUCAAAAGAUAUUUGGUGGUGACAUUAAGAGUCACCUUUUAGUUUUUAUAAGCAAAAAAGAUCGUAAUUUUGAGAAAUUAGUUAAAAAAAUUGAGGAGCCUGCAAAGAAAUUCCGUGGAGAGGUUUUGUUCGUAACCAUCGAUUCAGAUGAAGCUGAUCAUGAGCGAAUCUUAGAUUACUUUGGCAUAAAGAAUAAAGAUGUUCCUGUUAUGCGUCUUAUUAAAUUAGAAGGAGAUAUGAUAAAAUAUAAACCUGAAAAUCCAGAAAUAAGCAGUGAAAAUGUUUUAGAAUUUGUAAAUGCUUUCAUAGAAGGCAAAUUGAAGAGACAUUUACUUACUGAGGACUUGCCUAAAGAUUGGGAUAAACAUCCUGUUAAAGUUCUUGUUGGUACUAACUUCCAUGAAGUUGCAUUUAAUAAAGAAAAAGACGUUUUAGUUGAAUUUUAUGCUCCUUGGUGUGGACAUUGCCAACAGCUUGCACCUAUUUACGAAGAAUUAGGAAAGAAAUAUGAAGAUAGUGAAUCUGUAGUGAUAGCAAAAAUGGACGCUACUGUGAAUGAAUUGGAAGACGUAAAGAUUAUCAAUUAUCCAACAAUUACCCUUUACAAGAAAGGAACAAAUGAGGCUGUUGAUUACAACGGCGAGAGGACACUCGCGGAAUUAGCUAAAUUCAUUGAAUCUGGUGGUGCAUAUGACCAAGGUGCAAAGGAGGUUCAGGAAGAAGAUGAAGAUGACGAUGUGCCAAGAAAAGACGAAUUAUAGGCGCACAUAAUCAAAUGGAAUAAAAUUACUAUUGUCCCUUCUAUUUCCUGCAUCCAAUCAAUGAAUUCCACAAUUUCCUCUUAAAGAAACAUUCGUUUAUACAAAGAUUUUUUUAAAUGGUGCAUCUUGAUUAAUUAUAUUUAAGUUUUAUAUUUCUAAAACAAGGCGUCGUACUGUACAAUUAAUUAUUAAGGAGAAAAUUGCAUUUCAGGAUUUUUGAAAUAAGUCUAGUAUCGUUGUGAGUGGCACGAAGUGUUCAUUAUGAUCAUUAUUUUUUUUUUUUAAAUCUUUAUUUCGAUAUUAAUUCAUACAAAGACAGAUAUUAACUUAUACGUUUUAUAUACUAAUCUUAUUAUGAGUCAGUAAUCCCUGAAAACUCCAAUGUUUUCAGAUUGUGCCUGCUUCCGUUGUCGUGAUA